UCCUCCUCCUCCUUUCUCCAACGCGGAGGAAAGAGACGGCGUUUGUGUCGGCUUUUCCAAUGGCACUGAAGCAGUCGAGGAAGAGAAGGCGCCGCUCGGCUUGCUGAGCCUGCGACUAUGUAGGCAAUUCUUGCAUCUGGAUGCCGCCGCUCUUCCCUUCCCAGCCGAGGUUUGGAUGAUGACGAUGAACUCUUUGGCGGAGAGUUUGCUGGCGGGACCUCCACCCCCGGACCCUUCCAAAGCGGCCUUUUUGGACUUCGGGCUGGGAGCACCCCCGCCUUCGCCUCAUCACCCAGCCCCACAGCAACAGCAGCAGCAAUACACCCUCCAAGCCUUACAGCCGCUGUCCGACGGAGGAGCCUUCCCUCCUUCCUCCUCCUCCUCCUCCGCCUCUUCCUCCUACGGCAGACCCCUGGCCUACCCUGCUUACCCCGGGGCAGGCGGGGCGGGCAGCCCCCACCACGCUUUCUACCCCCACCACCCCUACCACGGCGCCUCCUACUCCUCGCCUUACCCGCAGAGCUCCAGCGCCUUGAGCCUCCACGGGACGAGGCUGGAGGAGACCGAGUUUGAGAAGUCUACCAUCAUCGAAAACGGGGAAAUCCGCAUCAAUGGGAAAGGGAAGAAGAUCCGGAAACCACGCACCAUCUACUCUAGUCUCCAGCUUCAGGCCCUCAACCAACGCUUCCAGCAAACCCAGUACCUGGCCUUACCUGAGCGGGCGGAGUUAGCAGCACAGUUGGGCUUGACCCAAACCCAGGUCAAAAUCUGGUUCCAGAAUAAACGUUCCAAGUUCAAAAAGAUUAUGAAGCAGGGUUCCAGCAUACAAGAUGAUCACCUCCACAAUUCCUCUUCUUUGUCUCCCUGUUCUCCCAAUAUACCCCCACUCUGGGACAUCCCCAUGGCAUGCAAAGGAACCCCCCUCCCUGCUAACAGUUACAUCAAUAGCUUUGCACCUUGGUACCACCAGCCCCAACACCAAGACACCAUGGGGAGGCCUCCAGUGAUGUGACAAAAGCAGACAAUGUAAUUUUGGCCCAUAUGCUGUGCCUCUUUUUCUGAAGCUCUAAUCAGGAACCCCAACACAGGACAAUGGGGGCUACGGCUGGAGGGGUGGCACUUCUGAAGGAAUCACCAGCAUUUCUCUCUUGACGAGAAGCUCUUCAGCAGGAGAUGACUGAAAAUGUGGAGAUGGACUUCCCUGACCUGUUCAAGGACCAGCUCGUAACAGCAGUAGCAGAGCAUCUGAGGUGGAGAUAAGGAACGCCUUAGACAACCACACCAUGAAAGUUGAACUCAGAACUCCAUUCCAAGUGCUAUCACUUCAUCUGGGGUUUACAAGAGUGGCGUCUAUGUUCUUCUUUCAUGGCAUAGACCAGUGUUGGAUCUAGCUGUGCUAAGUAGUUGCCACGGGUUGGCUUGGUUUCAGUGCCUUAAACAGUUUUGACCUUAGCAAUUAAACAGGUUAUAUUUUUGCAAACAUGGAAGUUCAGACCAUGAUGGCUUUGCAUGAUAUAUUUCUGCCUGCCACAUGGCUGCUAAAGA